CACACGUAACAAAAGGGGAGAUAACUAACGACACUUCCUGUCAUGUGUUUCUGUUGAUAGUCCUGUCAACUUUGUCAUUGACGAAACACGGGGAUUAACUCAAGGGUGUAACUACACUGAAGGAUGAAGAAAUAGCUAUACAUGUAAAUACACAGUUGAAAUAAGUCCCAGGCAUCAGGGAGGCCAGUAUGUCUGCUUCUGCAUCCAUCCGCAGUGGUAAGAAUAUUCUCCGCAAAGAGAUCAAGAAGAAGGUGGCCAUGUUGUCGGAGCAAGAAAAGGAACGACAAUCUAGAAUUGUUACAGAAAAGCUGUUGAAGUUACCACAGAUACAGAACUGCCGACGUGUGUGUCUGUAUUUAAACAUGCCUGAUGAAGUUAAGACUGUGCCUUUGUUGAGAACACUUUUGGACACCAAGAAGGAUUGUUUUGUACCCCAGUAUAUUGGUCCAGUGAUGAAGAUGGUAAAACUCAAAUCUUUUGAGGAUUAUGAAAGCUUGCCUACGACGAAAUGGAACAUCAAACAACCAGCGGACGAUGACGUCAGGGAGGAUGCCCUCAACACAGGUGGUGUUGACGUGAUGGUAAUGCCUGGACUAGGAUUUACUAAGGAUGGAUCUCGUCUGGGUAGAGGCAAGGGUUACUACGAUACAUAUCUGGAGAAAUGUGCUAAAGCUGGAUUCUCCCCUUUCACUGUCGCCCUGGCAUUCAAUGAACAGAUCUGUGACAUGGUUCCCACGGAUACUAACGAUGUUCCUAUAGAUCUUAUCUUAUAUCCAUCUCAAGGCUCAUAGCGAUUGGGGACACUGUAGGCUGGUUUUAGUGGCAAUACAGGUUUCUUUGUGAACAUAUGACUUUCUUUAAAGGGGAAAUGGAUUUUUGGUAAAAAAAAAUCCUCAUUGUGGAAGAUUCCAGAGGACAGGACCCUGUGUGAUCAGUUGUCCAAUCAAUUACUGACUUGAUGAUUCUCAGAAAUGUUCAACUUUAUGAAUUAAAUAUUUAUAAU